CAUACACACGCGCACACACACACACACACACACACACACACACGUGGUUUGUACUCUUUAUGUGCUUUAAUUAGUGAUGUUGACAGAGUUCGGAAAGACUGCUGGCUUUGUUUUUCUCCGUGGUGGAUCGGUCAGUUUCUAUGGUUACAGUUCAGAUUUGCAUUGGCUGGUGGGGGGGGGGGGUUGUCGUUUUGAGGGGAGAGUGCAAUCCUGAAAGUGGUUCCACCAUUUGAGCCUUAGUCGGCUGUCCAACUGCAGCGAGACUACACUCUGUCUGCUGGAUCCCAGCUGGAACAAGUAAUGCAGUGCUCAGACGCGGGAGGCACGUCAGGUGCGGCGGGCGAGGCCAAGGGGGGCAGUGAAACGCUGUUCCUGCGCAGGAGUGUCAACUUGCUGGCGGCCAUCUCCUUCAUCACCGGCACGGUGGUGGGCAGCGGCAUCUUCAUCGCACCCAAGGGUGUGCUGAUGAACAGUGGCAGCGUUGGGCUGUCUCUGUUGGUUUGGGCUCUGUGUGGUGUCCUUUCCACCUUUGGGGCUCUGUGCUAUGCAGAGCUAGGCACCACAUUUAAAAAGUCUGGGGGCCACUACACCUACCUUCUGGAGACCCUGGGACCCCUGCCAGCCUUCCUGCGACUCUGGGUGGAGUUCAUUCUUGUCAGGCCUGCAGUGGCCUCUGUGGUGUGCCUGGCAUUUGGCCGCUACGUGGUGGAAGCCUUCUUUUCUCCCUGUCCCGCACCUUCAGUCCUGGUCAAACUCAUCGGAAUUCUUGGAUUGACAUUAGUGGUGGCAGUAAACUGCUGGAGCGUGACUUUAGCCUCUAGGACCCAGAUCACCCUCACCUUCAUCAAGAUGUUUGCCCUGGUCCUCAUCAUUGUCCCGGGUAUCUGGGCACUUGCCAGAGGACAGACAGAAAACUUCCAAAAUGCAUUCGAUUCUGGAACCUUGACCUUGAACAAGCUGCCACUGGCAUUCUACUCUGGCCUCUAUGCCUAUUCUGGAUGGUUUUAUUUGAAUUUCAUUACAGAAGAGGUCAUUGAUCCUAACAGAAACAUCCCACUGUCAAUCAUCGUAUCCAUGGUAACCGUAACUGUGUGCUAUGUUAUGGUCAAUGUGUCAUACUACACGGUGAUGACAGGAGAGGAGCUGCUGGUGUCGGACGCUGUAGCUGUGACUUUUGCAGGUCGUGCUUUGCAAGGCAUCGCCUCGGUGAUCCCAGUAUUGGUGGCUCUUUCCUGUCUGGGGGCUCUACAUGGGGGCUUUUUUGUGGCACCCAGGAUGCUGUUUGUGGGGGCCAGGGAGGGGCAUUGGCCAGCUCUGUUCUCCAUGAUCCAUGUCCGCAGACACACACCCUUGCCUGCUGUGCUACUGCUGUACCCGCUGGUAGUGCUGAUGGUGGCAAGAGGAGAGCUCUUCCAGUUGGUCAACUUUGCCUCCUUCUCCCGCUGGCUCUUCAUUGCCAUGGCAACCCUGGGGAUGCUUAUCCAUCGUUACCGCUUCCCUCAAAUACCAAGACCCUUCAAGGUGCCUCAGGCCAUUGCAGUUUCCUUCACGGUGGUGUGCUUCUUCAUAGUGGGACUGUCUCUGUACUCUGACCCCUGGAACACAGGGGGUAGCUGUGCCAUCACCUUGUCCGGAGUGCCUGUGUACUACCUGACUGUACAUCGGCCACGCCUGCCCCCCAGCUGGAUGACAGCCAUCAACUUCUGCAGUAGGCAGCUCCAGAUCCUGAUGGAGGUGGCUCAGCAGGAGGUCAAAACAUACUGAAAAUCCCCACCCAACCAAGAACGGCCUCCCGAUUUGGGUCCCGCCUUUUGUGUCGACAACCUGCAUGGGACAAGGAGCACUGAAUUCCUGUGUAUGUUUUCAUUUUUGUACGCAUCGUAAAUGUCUAUUUUCAUAAAAAAAUAACAUUGACAUUAUAUAUCAAACUUAUGAACUGGCUUUACUCAGUUACAGCAUAUUUUACACACAAGGAACAAGCACUCAUACCACAGAUGAAGAUGGUGCAUUGAUGGGGGAGUGUGAGCAGUCACAGGGUUCACAGGAUUUUGGGGGUCAUCUUUUACACACCGAAACCUGUGGCACAUGCAACGAUGAACCCCACUGUGCACUAUGAUUAUGUACAUUAUGUCACAAUAAAAGUUAAUGUUAUACCCUUGAAA